AUGUCGUUGGCUUUGAGAAAGACAUUGGGAGUUGCUCGUUUCUCCAUGAGAACUGCUAGCUUCCAGGCGGUUCCUACCAACGCCGGAAAAACUCCACCAACCCUCGAGCAAUUCGACCCACUGAAUCCAGGAGAGUGGCAACUCGGAGCAGGAGGAAAGAUUCUUCCUCGUCUCCCAGAAGGAACCAAGGUCGGAAAUCUUGUCAUGGGAAAGUACGGACUCUACGAUCCAGUUCUCAAGAAGCGUGUUGAUACCUACGCCAACGCUCUUCUCGAGGGAAAGAAAUCCGAGGAAGCCGGACCAUUCGAUGUUGCCGUUAGCAAAAUCGCCAAGGUCCUCUCCUACAUUUGCUUUGUGAUCGCAAUCUACAACCUCAUCUCUCUGGUCGUUGGAAAGCCACUACCACCACUCAGCCAUGUCAAGGCUCCAGGAUCCUAA